AUGGAUUCAGACAUCCCAGAAGCCUUCCAGAAAGAGCUCACCUGCCUCGUGUGCCUGAAUUACCUUCUAGACCCAGUCACCGUAGGCUGCGGACACAGCUUCUGUAGGUGCUGUCUCUGUCUUUUCUGGGAGCAAGCCGAAGACCCUGCCAGUUGCCCAGUGUGCAGGCAACGAUCAGAGCAGACAAACCUCAAAACCAAUUUUCUUCUGAAAAAUCUGGUGUCCAUUGCCAGAAAAGCAAAUCUCGGUCAAUUCCUGAACUCUGAGGAACAUAUGUGUGGGACCCAUAAGGAGACAAAGAAGAUCUUCUGUGAAGCCAACAAGAGCUUGCUCUGUUUGGUCUGCUCUCAAAGUCAGGAGCACAGGGCUCACAGGCACCGUUCCACUGAAGAGGCUGCCGAGGAAUACUGGGAGAAGCUGGCAAACCAAAUGAGAUCUUUAUGGGAAAAGAUCCAAGAAAUUGAAAGAAAUCUCAAGAAAGAUGGCAGAGGAACUGACCCUUGGAUGUUUUAUGUGUAUCGAUAUGGAGACAUGAUUAGGAAAACUUAUCAGAUGGUAACUCCAUUUCUUCAGGAGGAAGAAAAUUACUACUUAAGGAGUAUUAUAAAAGAAAGCCAAAAGAUUUGCAAGCAAAUCAGAAAAAGACAAGAGGAAAUGAGUGGAAAGAAGACAGACCUCAAAGUAAUAUACAAAGAGCUCAUGAAAAUGUCCUAUAAACCAGAUGUGGAGCUGCUCCAGGAAUGGGGAGACAAACUGAAAUGGAGCGAGUCAGCACAGCUGCACAUGCCUCAGCCUCUGCUGCCAGAACUCCAUGCACGACCUAUCACUGGGCUGAUGGACUGGCUUAACCGCUUCCGAGUAAAUAUUGCAUUCAAUAAUGAAGUAAGCAGCCAGCACUUCAGGCUGUUUGAUGACGUGAGAAGUUUGAAGUAUGAGCAUGACAGCCUCUGUGUGUCUUUGGAUGGCAGAACAUCGAGGUAUUUUGCUGCAUGGGGAUCCCGGGGCUUCACCUCUGGCAAACAAUACUGGGAGGUGGAUGUGGACGGCUCUUGGGACUGGGCUGUAGGCGUCUGUAAGGAUUCCUGGACAAGGAAGGAUGACGGCAUACUGAAGGAAUCCAACAGGGACAGCUUUCUCCUUGUGUGUGUGAAGGAGGAUCAUCAUUACCGUCUCUGGACCACCACCCCGACCGCUCCUCUGUACAUAGAGAAACCUCUGGGCAGGGUUGGCGUGUUCCUUGAUUUUGACAGCGGGAGUAUGAGUUUUGUGGAUGUUGCCAAGCGCUCCCUCCUUUGGAGGUACGAGGAUGGCCUGUUCACUUCCCCUGUCAGGCCUUUCAUUUGCACUGGCCACACGUUAUUACAAAAUAUUCGGUAUGGUUCCGUGUGCUAUCAGGACCUAAAUAUUUUAAUGUAUGUGAAACAUCAUAAAACAUCACUGAUGUGCUCCCCGAGGAGCGGCGGGGCGGCACACAGGCACAGGAGGAGAACGAGGCGGGGAGUCGCCGCUUUCCAAACACUCUCCGGGGGGCUGUGCGCGACGCCCGCCACCGGGAGUCCGGACCCGGCUGCCCGCGGCCCCUUCCCUCCCGCGCCCGCAGCCCGGGAACAAAGUUGCCGAGAGCCAGCGGGCCGAGGGCGCAGCGGGGCGGCGCUCUGGCCGCUCUGCGCGCGCCGCUUGGGGGCGGCGGCGGCGCGGCCCGAGGGGAGGCAGCAGCAGUUGGUGGGCUUGGCCGAGCGCAGUAGACGUAACCUCGGCGCGGCGGGAACGGCGGCCUAG